GUGGCUGAUAAAGCUCGAUAAUGUCAUACAGACCAGCUGGAAUGGAGGACUUAUCAGAUGGGGAUUUUGACGAUGAAGAUGGAUUUUCACUCGCUGAAAAUUCUCCUCUCAAGAAGAAGUUCAUCCCCCAGGUCCAUUCAAAAAAGGUCUCAGGAUUGGAGAACAACAAAAAGAAAUGUCAGCCUAGCGACUAUGACCUGCACCUUGAGGUUUUGACAGCCUGUAUGACAGGAAAUCUGUCACCAAUAGACUCGUUCCUGGAUGCUGGUCACGACGUCAAUGCCUUCCUGAGUAGUGGCUGGACCCUUCUUCUCUAUGCCUCCAACGCCCUCCUCCCAGAUGUAAUUAAACACCUGUUGAAAAGAGGAGCAAAUCCAAAUAAACACAAGGAUGGGUACAGUCCCCUGAUGGCAGUCUGCGACUCUCCCCAUGGAAAGCCUGAUGAAUCCCUGGAAUGCAUUUCAAUUCUCCUGGAGGCAAAGGCAGAUCCCAACGCCAUGAACAAGGACAGGAGGACAGCCCUGAUGUUUGCCUGCAAGUUAGGGCAUCCAGAGGUCAUUCUGAAGUUGCUGGAGCAGGUGGAGAAUAUCGAUGCUGUCGAUAAUGAUGGGAGAUCUGCGAUUUUCGAUGCUGUCACCGCGAAUCGUCCUGAGAUCGUCAAGAUCCUGAUCUCUCACAAGGCCUCAGUGAACCUCAAAGACAGACGUGACUUGACAAUUCAAGAGAUUGCUUCUACCAAAGGCUUCGACCAUAUCCUGGAGAUGCUGGAGUUCGAGGAGGAGGAGAUCGAGAACUUCUGUCCAGUGGCACAUGUCUCGGAGUGGAGGGAUGCCUUUCCUGGGAUCAAGGAGGCUGAUCAACGAUUCGUCAAUGUCGAUGUAGCUGCUGUUCUUUAUGCCCUCGGGUUAGAGAGGUACAGGCCACUCUUCAAGGGGAUGCAGCUCAAGGAAUUCUUACAGCUGACUGAUCGGGAUCUCGUUAGACUGGGGAUGGAUUUGCAGUAUCAUAGGAAAGUAUUUCUCAAUGGCCUCAUGCAGUUUCAUACUAGAAGGUGGAGUCAUCUCAGCUUGGGGAGCAUUACCAAGACAAUUUCUCACACACUCUACGAUGGAAUUACAGCUCUUGGGAACGUUGCUCGUCAAAUCAGUGUAAUUGGCUCGAGUUUUCACUUUAUCACCAUGAAUAUCUCCCAGGGUGGUAACGCCAAUGAGGCUCUCUCUGAAAUUCAAAAGAGAGAAUUCAAGGACGAGCUCAAACAAACCGAAGAGACUCUGGGAUCCCUCAGGAAAGAUCUCAACCACAUGCUCAAUUUUGCCAAGAAAAUCCAGAGAGAGAGUGUCGUCCCUGCCCCACCAGAUUACAUUGGUCCUGACAAAAAAAAGAGGAUGGCCACUUGGCCCAUCAUCCUCGGGGUCACAGUAAUGGCUGGCUUUUACUUAUCGAAGACUGGAUAUUCAACAAAACUGUGGAACUGAGUACCUGGUGUACGCCUCAGCCAUGACAACAGUAUUUUUUGUUGAAUUAUUUUUUUAUUAAAUCUAAAGCAACAUUUUUAUUUCUCUUAUGCUGUUCUCUUUA